UUUAAAAAAUAUAGUACAUCCGGAUAUUAUGAGGAGCGACCUCCAUUUUCCACGAUCUCUCUCUCUCUCUCAUUCACAGCUCUGAUGGCAUGCGUUACGGCCUACGCUACCCCAAUUACAGCUGAAUUCAUUCAAUUUCACAAACAACUCAUGCUACUACUCCUAGUCAACGGACAUCAAAUAAUCUCACUCCAUCUUCAUAGCUUAGAUUUCAUUCCGAGAAUGCGAGGAAGAGGGGAAUAGAGCUGAGCGAUGGCGGCGGAGAGGUUCAAGGUGGUGGCGCUGGUGGCUGCUGUGAUGUGUUUGUGCAGUGCAGAUAGAGUCGUCAUGUCGGUCGUCGUCGUCCCCCUUGCCGCCAAAAAUGGCUGGACCACUUCCUUCUUGGGCAUUGUCCAGUCAUCGUUUCUAUGGGGAUAUAUGUGUUCCUCAGUUAUAGGAGGAGCCUUGGUGGAUAAACAUGGAGGAAGAAAAGUUCUAGCAAUCGGUGCAGCUUUGUGGUCUCUCGCUACUCUCCUCACUCCAUGGGCGGCAAUUCACUCCACUACUGGUCUCUUGGCUGUUCGUGUCUUCUUUGGACUCGCUGAAGGUGUAGCUCUACCCUCGAUGAAUAAUCUUCUCUCGAGAUGGUUUCCGACUAAUGAAAGAGCCACUGCAGUUGGAAUAUCAAUGGGAGGUUUUCAGCUAGGAAACGUCCUUGGAUUGGUCAUAACACCUCUGGCCAUUUCGUCUGUUGGGAUCUCUGGCCCUUUCAUUCUCUUCACAUUUCUUGGAUUUCUCUGGUUGAUUACGUGGGCGUAUAGGGUCCCGAACGAUCCACAAGAGAGCACUUGUAUCAGUAAGUUGGAGUUGAAAUUGAUUCAAGCCGGGAAAUCGGAUCCUUGUCUGGCCAAGGGCAAGCUUCCACCACUAUCCCUUCUUUUCUCAAAAUUGCCAACCUGGGCAAUAAUCUUUGCUAAUAUCACUAAUAAUUGGGGCUACUUCGUUCUUUUAUCGUGGAUGCCAGUUUAUUUCAAUACUGUUUUUGGUGUAAAAUUGAAGGAGGCAGCUUGGUUCAGCGCAGUUCCGUGGGGAACAAUGGCAGUCUCUGGCUACAUUGCUGGGGCGAUGUCUGAUUAUUUAAUAAAAUCUGGUUACUCGAUAACAUCAAUCAGGAAAAUCUCUCAGUCGAUUGGUUUUAUUGGGCCCGGGACAGCAUUGCUUUGCUUGAACUACGUCACGAGCCCUGCAGUUGCAGCCGUAUUUAUGACAAUGGGUCUCAGUUUGAGCUCUUUCAGUCAAGCUGGCUUCUUGCUGAAUAUGCAUGAUAUAGCACCACAACAUGCUGGAUUUCUUCAAGGGAUUUCAAAUUCAGCAGGAACAGUAGCAGCAAUAGUGAGUACAAUAGCAACAGGAAUGUUUGUGCAAUGGCUGGGAUCUUUCCAAGCAUUCUUAACUCUAACUGCAUGUCUCUAUUUUGCUGCAACUAUCUUUUGGAAUCUCUAUGCUACUGGAGAAAGAGUUUUUUAAUAGAAAUAUUGAUUGUACAAACAUAUAUACCAACUUUUGUUCCCAUGUCCAAAACUACUCUCUUUCGCUUGUGGUUCUAACACAGGAAACAUCAAGUUUUAAAGUCACAUAUGAUGUAACUCUAAAUCAUCAUUGAUUUUAUAUCCAUGUGCCUGCUAUUUUGGCCGA